AUGGACAGCAGUCCGAAGGAAGGAUGCUGCAGCCCUGGGGGCGGGACCCGAGGCUAUUGCCGGCGCCCUCCCCGCGGAUUGGGUGCAGCCGUGACCGACACCGUCCUGGCCUACUCCCCAGAAGCUGGAUGCAGAGCAAGCACCAGUCAACGUGGGCUCCUCUGGCGAUUGCGAGACAAGCAGUCUCGCCUAGGCCUGUUUGAAAUUGGUCCAGGCCAUGAACUGCAUGGGUUGAUGUGCAUGAUGCAGGCAGGGCUAUGGGCUGCCAUCCAGGUCACCAUGGACCAACCACCUACUGGACCACUCAAUGAGGAGGAUUUUUCGGAAGUCCUGACCCAGAUUCAUGAGGGCUUUGAGCUGGGCACCCUGGCGGGCCCAGCCUUCUCCAAGCUGCGCAGCUCCCUGGGCUUGGUGGAGGAGGACUAUCAGACUGCUCUGGGUCCUGGUGGCCCUUAUCUGCAAUUCCUCAGCACCUCUAGGAGCAAGGCUAGCUUCUUCCUCUCCCAUGACCAGCGCUUUUUCCUGAAGACACAACGGCGCCGGGAGGUGCAGGCACUGCUCGCCCAUCUGCCCCAGUACAUGCAGCACUUGCAUAGGCACCCACACUCGCUGCUCGCACGGUUGCUGGGAAUGCACAGCCUGCGAGUGGCCCAGGGGAAGAAGAAAUACUUCAUCAUCAUGCAGAGCAUCUUCUACCCCGCGGGCCGCAUCUCUGAGAGGUAUGACAUCAAGGGCUGUGAAGUGAGCCGCUGGGUAGAGCCAGCCCCAGAGGGCAGCUCCCUUGUCCUGGUGCUGAAGGACCUCAACUUUCAGGGAAAGACCAUGGACCUAGGACCCCAGAGGAGCUGGCUCCUCCGUCAGAUGGAACUGGACACUGCCUUCCUCCGGGAGCUCAACGUGCUGGAUUACAGCCUCCUGAUGGCCUUCCAGGGUCUCCAUGAUGACGAGAGAGACCCAGGCAGCAGCCUCAUGUUCCGCACUGCCAGGUCUGCGCAGGGAACACUGAACCCAGAGGAGCCUGGAGCUCAGAAUCGCCGGCUGCUGCCAGACGCCCCCAACGCCUUACACAUACUUGAUGGGCCUGAGCAACGCUAUUUCCUGGGCCUAGUAGAUCUUGCCACGGUCUACGGGCUCCGCAAGCAUCUGGAGCAUCUAUGGAAGACACUACGCUACCCGGGCCGGACCUUCUCCACCGUCAGCCCGACUUGCUAUGCCCGUCGCCUCUGCCAGUGGGUGGAGACACACACCGAGUGA